GCCGGCGCCCCGCCGCGCCGGGGCUCCGCGGUGCCACAGAGACGAGCCGCGGCGGCGGCGGCGGCGGCGGCAGACACAGCCCCGGAGCGGGGAGCGGGGCCGGGGAUGAUGAUGAUGAUGAUGAUGGAGGAGGAGAUGCAGGCGGCAGAGGAGGGGCCCAGCAUCCCCAAAAUCUACAAGCAGCGGAGCCCCUACAGCGUCCUCAAGACCUUCCCGGGGAAGCGGGCGGCGCUGGCCAAGCGCUACGAGAGACCCACCAUGGUGGAGGCUCCCCGCGGCCGCGGAGCGGGGCAGCCCUUCGCGCACGCCGCCGCCGAGCAGCUCCCCUACGCGCCGCACGGCGCCUUCCCCGCCGGGGCCGCCCGCGCCGCCGCCCCCGGCGCUGCCCAGGGCCCCCCCCGGCCGCCGCCGCCGCCGCCGGCCCCCAGCUCCGCGGGCCGCUACGGCCCCUGCCCGCCGGCGCCGGGGGGCGGCACCAGCAGCGGGAGCGGCGCGGAGCUGAGCGCAGAGAGUCGUAUGAUUCUGGAUGCCUUUGCCCAACAAUGCAGCCGGGUUCUAAGUCUUUUAAAUUGUGGUGGAAAACUACUGGACAACAAUCACUCUCAGUCCAUGAUUUCUUGUAUAAAGCAGGAAAAUCCAAAUUAUAGCGAAAGACAAGAGCAAUGUCAGCUUGGGAAAAUGGUCCAUAGUCAGACGUCAGACAUUUUAGACAUAGAGAUGCAGUAUAUGCAAAAGAAACAGCAGACCUCAGCCUUUCUGAGAGUUUUUACUGAUUCCCUUCAGAACUAUUUGCUUUCUGGGAGCUUCCCGUCUCAGAACACCUCAUCAGUAAAUGAUUUUAGCCAUUUGGCAGAUGUGGAUCCACUUUCAACCUCCCCAGUACACACUUUAGGUGGAUGGACAUCUCCAGCAACUUCUGAAUCGCAUGGUCACCCAUCAUCUUCUACGCUUCCAGAGGAGGAAGAGGAGGAAGAGGAAGAAGGGUACUGCCCUCGAUGUCAAGAGCUAGAGCAGGAGGUAAUUUCAUUGCAACAAGAAAAUGAGGAGCUUCGUAGAAAAUUGGAGAGCAUUCCAGUGCCCUGCCAGACUGUUUUAGAUUAUUUGAAGACUGUACUUCAGCAUCACAACCAACUUAUGAUACCACAGCCAACAGACCAUCCGACUGAGGGGAGCAAGCAGUUGCUGAACAACUAUCCUGUCUACAUCACUAGUAAACAGUGGGAUGAGGCUGUAAAUUCUUCAAAGAAAGACGGAAGACGGCUACUUCGCUAUCUCAUCAGAUUUGUUUUCACAACCGAUGAGCUUAAGUACUCAUGCGGCCUUGGAAAAAGGAAAAGGUCAGUGCAGUCAGGAGAGACAGGUCCUGAAAGACGUCCUCUGGAUCCCGUAAAAGUAACAUGUCUCAGAGAGUUCAUUAGAAUGCACUGUACUUCCAACCCAGACUGGUGGAUGCCAUCUGAAGAGCAAAUAAACAAGGUAUUCAGUGAUGCAGUAGGACACGCUCGGCAAGGGCGUGCAGUGGGGACUUUCCUUCACAAUGGGAACUCAUAUUAUGAAGGGACUGACCAUCCCGGAUCACAGGAUGAAGUCUUCAAUAGAGGUAUGCAAGACGGAUCUGGCGAUUGAUGGCAGUAAGAGGAAACUCAUACCACAGUAGCAACCAGUUAAUUUAGAAAAGACUAUUUGUUGAACGUACCCUGAAGUCAUUUAAGAGUCCAAAGCAUGUCUGAACACACACAGCACACAUUCCAGCUUCUCCAUCCUAUCAUGUCCCAGUUAACAGAAAGAAACCCAUUUCAAAACCUACCCUAUGGGACUUCUUAGUGCCUAUUAUUUGCAAAUCCUUCAUAACCCCUUUAAAGGGAAACUACAAUUUCGUUUCAUAUAGUUCUAGAGGAAAGGUGAUAUUAAAAUAAUUACAAAAAUUUCUAAAGAAACAACAGCCGCCCUCAUGCCUGCCUACUGAUAACAAGCCCAGAUCUGGACUCUUGGACACAGCAACCAGAUGCUGUUUGCUUUCCCUGAGUAUGAGAUAUAAGAACAAGUCUGCAUGCUUGUGACAAAAAAGAAGUGGUCUCCCAUUUCAUAACAGAAAGUAGCAUAAUUAUAAAUGUUACCUUAAAAUACCACACAAGAUGGAAAAUUCAGGGAAUUCCUUUAGCCAACUAUGCCAGGAAAUUAAGCUUCCUGCCUAAAACAGCAGCGCUCGUUGACGGCUGAAUCCUUCAAAGACUCAAAACAAUAACAGACCCUUCUAACAGAAAAAAAAAAGCUUUGUAUAUCAGAUAGACACUAUAUUUAUCUAGAUUUCUAGAAUAUUAGAGUUAAUCAUGACAGUUUUCAUUAAAAAAAAUUGCUAAAAAAUAAAUUACUAUUUCAGAAGAUAGGUUCUGCUUUGUCUGUUCCUAUUCUGCAACCGUACUACUUAGCUUUAGAGGUUUUAAAUUGCCUUUUCUUGUUCCUGCUUUCAUUUGUAUUUUGUACCCGUUCCUUGAAAUAAGAGAUCAGGCAAUGUGCUGGUCCUAAUAGUCGGAUGCUCCAUGGGGCAACUCAGGGAGGGGUUGUGUAAGAAGAGCCUAAUUUAGCCUUUUGGUUGUAAGGCAGGUAAACAUAGGAUACAGACUGACUGAGAGCUGUAAAAACCAACAAAAAAGAAUUUGUGCUAGAACUGAAGCCAAUUCUCAACAGAAUAUAGUAUUGGAAGCAGAUAGCAACUUAAAAAAAAAUCAGUCCACUGAAAAUUUUUAACUUCAAAGGCUUAAGAGCCCAUUGUCACUCCAGAAGUUUGAAAAAAUUGAUACACUCUAGAAACACGCAAUGCCAAAGAAACAAUACCCUUUCUUUUCAGUGUCAGGAUGUUUCAAUCCUUCUACCUUUGUCAGGUCACUCAGGCCAGUGCUGGCAUACUUCAAAGCCUGAAUCAGCUCUUUUUGAGGCAGCAUUUUCUUACUGACAGAUACAGGGAACUGAUUUUUGGAAAGAGAAUUCACUCUACAUUUGAUCAUCUCUAGUGCUACCUCAUCAACGUUGAUUCUCCUGAACGUGUCUCAUACGCCCCAGCUCUCCUAUCCGCCUUGUGCCAGCUGUUAGGGAAGCUACUAAUUGCUCCUUUUCACCGCUCCCCUCUGCUUCCAGACCUUCUCCCCUUGUGCUGGGCAGGGAAAGGUACACCCAACCCUUUCCUUAAGGAUCAGGAGGGGCCUUCUGGCACGAAGUGCUGCUGUAACUCCUGCCUGACCAUGGAGGAAGGGCUGAGGCAGUCUCUCAAGUGCCAGCAUACCCACACGAUAAUUUCUUCCUGUCAUCUGUCUCCUCUUUGCCUACUGUUGUGGAUGGUCUCUCGCUGCCAGUCUACGUGGGGCACGGCCUCCCGCAGGCUUUGGCACAUUGCCCCAGCAGAGCCGGGCCGGGCCGGGCCAUCCCGGGCCAUCCCUCCCACGUCCGCCGGCCAGGACCUGCAGGGAGCUUCAGGACACAGGCUCCAGCAGGCACCACCGCAGCUGUGAUCUAACCAAGCCAAUAUAUGCUUUAGGCCCUUAAAUGUCCAAUACCUCUUAAUUCAGUGGGUGUUUUUCUUCAUUUUAUUUUUUAAGUCUCUCAUUUACUUCCUAAAAGUGAAUACGCAAUCUAGUCCCAUUAGACCUUACCAGGCCAGCAGGCUUUGAGCAGAACCCCUCACUACAGUCAGGAGGCGAUUUCAUCUAAAAGGUCAGUGGCAUGUAGUGGCCUACUGGGAAGAAACUCAGUGUACAAAAAUGUCACAGUACAGAUAUCUUAUAGUAGCUUUUCAGUGUUGAACUUGCACUUUUUUAAAAGAACUAUAAUAGAAGAUGUUACAUUGCUCAGAUGGUGUAAGUCUUGCUGGUGUAUGUUUAAUGUGGUGACACUUGCCAGAACUACUUGGUAAAACAUGUCAGAAUGUGUGAGUCCACAUUAUACUGUAAAUUUGUCCACAGCCGUAUGUAUCAUGCUGUAUUUUUGUAAACAUUGUGAUGGUUUCUUUCAAAUAUUUAAUCGUAUGAGAUUAAAAAUAAAAACACUUCAUUUUAAAUAGUCACAGAACAGAAUUACUGGACCUCUCUCAAUAAUCUAAGGACUUUGCUGAAAUAACUAGUAAGUCUAGCUUUAUUUUUAGUGUAAAAAAGUGUCACCAGCCUCCUGGUACCACUCACAAUUCUGCACUCUCAUACUGUGCAAGAUAACCAAAUGUAUAUUUUGAUCCUGAAAGCCACUUUAGCACUAGAAAUGGCUUCACAGGUUUGGACCUUUCUUUAUAAACAAAAUUUUGCUCUCAGCUGCUUGUGUGCAAUCACCAGUGACAUGAAUAGCAGUCACAGACAGGCAUUAGAAGACAGGAACUCAUCUUUUCUGUUCACAUUUGCUUUCAAAAUAAUAGAGUGCAACAACAUUUCUUGUUUUGUUUUGUUUUAAACUGCUACCACGGCCUCUUGACCUGAGCCAUUUUGUUUAUAAAACUUUUCACAACUGCUUUUUCUGAUUAGUUUGCACACGAGGAAUUAUAAAACCAUACACACUGAAGUGUCGGUAUGUCCGCAAGAGGUUAGGUAUAACGCUAUGGGACCUGAAGUAAUAGAUAGCACGUAAGCCCUUGCACAGCGAGAUACCUGUAUUUAAGCACGGUGCUUUGUAAGUCACCAUAUCCAUUCACGCUGCUGUAUGUGCGUGGAAGGCUUGGAACAGAAGGAAGCUGCUAUCUGUCAUGUCACUCCAGAAAGUCCCAGGAGAAGAGAUUCUUGUCUUAUCCUUCCACACUCUUUAAUCUUACUGUCAUUUAUGUAUCUGCCUUCUCUCAAACUUUGUGUAGCAGUACCGCACGCCCAUCUGUGCCAACAUGCCUUUGCUAUAUUUUCUAUGACAAAUAUUUGUGGAGAAACUGUGAUUAAAAAACCAUUAAUCCUGAUAUUUUUAUUGUUAUGGUGUAGUUAAUUCUAUGAAUACUUUCUAAUGAUGAUUGUACUGUGUAGAGUAAAUACAGGUUAGGGAUAGACCUAUACCAGAUAUUGUACAAAAAAGUGCAUAGUGUAAUAUAGAUUAGUAAAGUUUUUGUGACAAUUUCUAUAGGAUGUGUGAAUUGUUUUCUAUGUGGCAACACACAUUUCUUUAAAAAUAUAAAAUCUUAGAGAAUUUUUUAAACAGUCAAUAUUUUUUAAUUAAAGACAUUUGUUACCAAGUUUACUAUUUCCAGUGUUAAUUCUAAUUUGAAUAUUGGUUUUAUUACCACAUACUUCCAGUUCCAUUUGUUCUGUUGCAUAACAAUGCACAAUAAAAGUUAGUCU